CGCUGUGUAGCCGGGUGCAGGUGGUGGAAGUGGUGGUGGUGUCGGUGGAGGUGGAGGAUAACCACUCGCUCUGUCGUGACUCGUCGGUUAGCAGCCUCUCGCCUCUUUCCUGCUGCCAGGCAGCAUCGCUAGGGGGUCUUUUGCCUCUAAACAUGUUCCGAAACCCUUGGAUUUCUGGUUACCAUGUCAGCCAUGUGCAGCACUGCAGCACAGGAUUUCAAUCGGAGGCUCAGAGCAAACUUUGUAGCUCGACGUCAUUGCCAACAGAAGCCUUAAGUUUUCAGAGUGACUUCUCCUUGAGUCCCAAGACCACUUUGGUCAAGAGUCUUUCGGACACAGAUGCCAAACUUCUGGUCGUCCUUCCCAAAGUUUCAGAGUUGAAGAAGUACUUUGAGGGAGCUCUUCCAGCAGACUUAGAAAUGAACAGGAAGGAGAGGAUUGCACGGCGUCUGGAGGGGAUUGAAGGUGACGCUCCACCAGCCCUGUUGCCGGGUGGCUUGGUCGCCAACAGGAUGCUGGAGGAGGACCCCCCACGGUACACCAGGGCCUCGGACCCCUGUGAGCCAUGCGUGAUGGUGAGGCGCUUCAGUCGAGAGGAGCUGGACACACCCCAGAAGCAGGUGACAUCCCCGCAGAGGCAAACCAAAGGGAGCCGCCAGGAGGCGAUGUUGGUCUACGUCGACCCAGUUACUCUAUCCACCUCGUCUACACCCACAUCAGCCCCCUCAGACCCCAACAGCCUGAGCUCCAAGGCCGAGCGCAUCGCCCGCUACAAAGCAGAGCGCCGCCGGCAGCUGUCGGAGCGAUACGGCAUCCUGCUGGACCAGGAGGCAGACAUUGAUUACGCUCCACGCUACCGCUCCAGACUUGACGCCUCUGACAGGCAAAUGUCUGGAAGGCGAAACAGACCAGAAGUGGAGGUGACAGAACGUGGUGAAACCAGGGUGCCAUACCGCUCUGGCGUGGGCACGGUUUACUUGAGGACUCACCCGGAUGCUUCACCUGCAGAUGCACACAUCCCUGCCAGCAUAGCUGCUCCCCAAGAGGGCAAAUUCGCAGAGCGGGAAAGAACAAUGAACAUGGAAAACUCCAGGCGAGGUGGUGCUCAAGAACACCCUUCUCGAUUGAGGGCCCACGAUCAGCAUUAUGUGCCUCGUUCACAGCAGCAACAGCAACAACAACAUCCACCUCACCACCACCACCACCAUGUAGACACAACCCACAGUGAGCCAAGCCCUGCCUCCAGCAGGGACUACAGCUUGGCAACGGUGCCCAGCUCACCUCGCACUGCCCGCCGGGCUUCACUGCCGUCUGCCCGCUAUGGCAUUUCACCUGGGGAUUUGUUCAUAGAGCAGCAGGCACAGAGCAUCCUCAACAGGCAAGGAAUCCGAGUAAGAGAAUGUUUAUCCAGGGAUGAAGGUAUGCAGAGGCCUCCUGAGCGGAAUGCAGACAGACCUCAGAGACAUCGUACUCAGGAGAUCCCGCUUCCUCACUUCUCAGAACCCGACCCUCAAAGGCCUAUUCCUCAACCUAGGCCCAGACCAGAUGCCCACCCUCUCCCAGCCCAAGAAUAUCAACACACUCACCUUGCCGUUGAACACCAGAACCAGCUAGCCAUGCCUGUGUCCCCCGGAAAAUUACCAGGACCCCCAGAGGUCCAACCGCGAAGGAGAGUGAGUGCCGACCAGAUCUACGCCGCCCACAAGGAGGCCAGACUGGAGGCCAGCCAAGCUUUGAAAGAAGAAGUCCAAACAGAAGGUCUACUGAAGAGCAGGAAAGCUGUGUUGCCCUCAGAGAUCCGCCGCAGGGAAAAGAGUGUGGACGAUCCUCACAGGGGACAGAACGACCACAUGGAAUGGCAGAACUACAGACUGGAGCAAAGACAAGCAAGUCACAAGGAAGAAGACGGGGAUGUGCCGAGAGAGCGAGGCCGGGACAGGAAUAUUGAGAAGAUCCAAGAGAGAGGGAGGCACCGUCACUCAGGCCAUGAGACUCAGGAGGACAGAGUGUUGAGAUGUUCAGAAUCGCUGAGACACCCAGAUUCUCUAGUGCAGCAUUUCCACACAGAAACCAGAACUAGACAGCAAGUUCCUCAGGUUCUACAAGAAGAUUCCCAUAGGCAGCAUCAGCAUGACCCCUUAAAGCAGCCUCAGGAGCAAACACCGGAACACGAAGAGGUGGAAAGGCAAGAUUCUGGUUUGAGACUGGAGGAGUCUCAAACGCAGCAGGAUCAGUCACGCCAGCUGAGAAGCGACUCUGCUGUUUACCUCCAGAAGGGCUCUUCUCUACCUCAGGCUAAACACAAGAGUACAGAGUCCAGCGGAGGGCCCAAACUUAAGACCCGAACACGCUCCAUGUCAGACAUCGGAAUAAGCCAGCAUUCCGUUAGGUUCCAUACGGAUAGGCCUUCGGCGACCUGGGAGAACUCCAGGGCCAUGCCUCUGCCAGGGGUGGGAAAUGGCGAGAUGGGCACCUUGGACACCCGGGUGUCGGUGGCCCAGCUGAGGCACUCGUACCUGGAGAAUGCCAACAGGAAGCCUGACUUUGAGAGCACCCAAUCAGCGAUGGAGGCGGAUGCUGCCAACAGCAAUGACCGGGACCGUGAGCGGGGGGCUCGGAGGCCCCGGCGCUACAUCACACCAGGAGACGGACGUAUGUCAGAAAGGUGCCGGACACAGCCCAUCACCUCUGCAGAACGUCUGGAGACUGACAGAUCUCAUCUCAGUCCAGCACCGCUACAAGAUGCUGAAGGUGAAUUCAUGGAUGAAGAAAAACUGGAUGAGAGAGCGAAGAUGAGCGUGGCCGCCAAGAGGUCGCUUUUCAGGGAGUUGGAGAAGACGUCAGAAGGAGGCGUUCCCAAGCCACGCUCACGUAACGUGGCCGUAGAACGUCGUCUGAGGCGUGUUCAGGACCGCUCGCAUACUCAGCCUGUCUCCAUCAAAGAGGUGGUCAGUGCUUCCAGUGCUCCUACUACACCAUCACAUGCUAUGGAAGGCCACACCACCACCACCACUUCAAGUCUUGUCAGCACCAGUGUGACCACUUUCAGCGUCCAGGCCUCCAGCCAAGCAGUGCAGGAGCCCCAGGAUGAGACACCCAAAGAAGAUACUCCAGGUGAGGACAUGCAGGGAGACGACUUGUCCACGCUCAGCUUGGCCGAGAAGAUGGCCCUCUUCAAUAGGCUGGCCCACUCGGAGGACAAAUCGCCUGGAAUGGCACGAGGAGGGGACACCCGGCAGCGCCGUGCUCACACCCGCUUUCAGACGCAGCCCAUCACUCAGGGGGAGGUAGAGAAGGUGACCGAGCCUCCUGUCAGCCACCCUGAGUCCAAACAGGAAGAACAUUUGAAACAAAGCAGCCAAAUCAAACUGGAGCCCCUCCCCGCCUCUGUGGUCCGCUCCGUAGCAGCUGCCACCUCCCAAGCCUCCGUUACCACGGUAACUAUGACGCCAGGAGGCAGCAGCGGCAGCAUCAUUACUGGCGGAGGGAGCAUGACCCCCACCUCCAUCCCUCACGUCCCCGCUCAUCAACAGUCUCCCGGCACCGCUAGCAUCCACCAGGAGAGGGCGCCGAGGUAUUUCUCCAUGACCCAGACUAGAGACUCCGGCCACUCUGAGCUGGAGGCAGACUCCUCCCCUCUCCUCAGAGAGAGCUCAGAGAGGCUGGGGGCUCUCCCUGCUUGCAGACAUCAGGGGGAGGACGAGGAGGAGGUAAGGGAGGGAGUUGCAAACCAGAGCAAGCAGGACCGGCACUCCCAAGACAAGGACAGCCGGGAGAGGAAGCAGGACACCUGUGAGCAUCCUCAGCCUCGACAUUUGGCAGCCGAGUCGGAGACGCAUCCCGGCCGAGUAGCCCUCGGACAGGAGGGUGAAGAGGAGGGUGGUCACGGCAGUACUCGGAUCCAAGUAGGACUCUUAGAUUCGGACCUCCCGGCAUCACUGAGGCCUGCCAUCACCGAAGUGUCCUCCAGGACGACGUAUCACGUGUCCAGCAUCCAGCAGACACAUCCUGUCCUCCAGCCUCCCCCAACUCCUCCCAAACUCUUCUCGGAGCUUCCAAAGCCCCAGUUGUACAUCCAGCCACUCCAGCCCCUGCCCACAUAUCCCAUACCGUUGACUCAAUCCCCACAAAGCCAGCACAAACCUCAGGAACUGUUCCAGAAGCCCAGACUCCAGGUGCCUCCACCGACACCACCCAAACCUCAGUGUUUCCCCCAGACGCUGGUCAGGUCACAGACACUGCCCCAAGACCACAGCGACGACUACAACAGGCUCAGCGUCUAUUCGGGAGACCUGCUGUCCCCCACGGGUCCUGGGGAUCGUCUGUUUUACGGCAUGUCCACCAAACAGAUGUCCAUCAAGGAGAGAGUGGCACUGCUGAAGAAGAGCGGCGAGGAGGACUGGAAAAAUAGGAUCAACAAGAAACAGGAAGUGGUGAAGGUGGCGUCCGCCGAGCAGCAGACUCAGCAAUGGGAGGCGCAGCAGACCCACCAGAAGAAGGAGGAAGCGGUGGUCGUCCACGACUACUCCUCUGUGUCUGUGUCAGAGCAGCUGUGGGAACCUGUCUUUUCCUCCACUUUCUCUCCUCCUUUCUCCCUCGGCCAAAAGUGUCAGUACAGUGACCACCACGCCCAGAAGUACAAGGUGGGAGAGGAAAGCGAGGCCCAGAUGACCAUUGAGGAGAGGAAGCAGAUGAUCUCCAUCCGAGAGGACGCCUGGAAGACAAAGGGGAAGGGAGCGGCCAACGACUCAGGCCAGUACACCGUGGCCGCACGCAUGGUCAAGAAAGGCCUGGCUGCGUCCUCCUCAGUCAUCAGCCCCAUCUUGUCGCCAGUCUCCACCAAGCUCAAGAGUGGCAUAGCGGCUGUUGGCAAACCUCAAGAAGAAAUUGAAGCCAGGGCCGACAUGGAGUCAGACAAGAAACUUGACAAGUUGGAGACCUUCCUUGGACGUCUGAACAGCAAAGUGGCAGACCUGCAGGAGACCACUCUAACAGUCACAGAGAAGGCUGUGAAGGAAGUGAUGAAGAUUGACGAUGAGAUCUUCUCCAAGUUCUAUCGCCACGUCGCUGACUUCCCUCACAUCCCCACCCGGAUCGAGCUCAGCGAAGACUUUGACGCCAUAUUUGGUUCUCAGUACGGUCCCAAGCUGACGUCGGCCAUGGUGCAGCACAAGCGCUCGGUACGUCCCUCCAGGAACGUCCAGGCCUCCAGGAACCCUCUGAAGAUGCUGGCUGCCCGGGAGGACAUUCGACACGAGUACACUGAGCAGAGGCUGAAUGUGGCCCAGCUGGAGAGCAAGAGGAUGUCCACCGAGAAGAUGACUAAAAGCUCAGAAUACUCAGAGGCUGCCCUGGCAGGUCUGGCCAGUAAGGAGAACUUCAGCAGUGUGAGUUUGCGCAGCGUCAACAUCUCAAAGCAGAUGUCCAACAACAGUGCCGUCCCAUACAAGAACCUCAUGCUGCUGCAGGUGAAAGGCCGUCGCCACGUUCAGACACGACUAGUCGAGCCCAGAGCUUCGUCGCUGAACAGUGGGGAUUGUUUCCUGCUGGUGACGCCUGAGCUCUGCUUUGUGUGGAUAGGAGAGUUCUCUAAUGUCAUCGAAAGGGCAAAGGCGAUGGAUCUGGCCACGUUCAUCCAGACAAAAAAGGACCUCGGCUGCAGGGCCACAAAGGUGCAGACCAUUGAGGAAGGGGUCAACCCCCAGUGUCCGGAUUCCCAACAGUUUUGGACGAUUCUAGGGGGACAGACCUCCUACCAAACUGCCGGUCCACCAGAGGAGGACGAGCAUUUUGAAAACGCAAUUGUGGAAACCAACUGCAUCUUUCGUCUGCUGAAUGACAAACUAGUCCCCGAUGAUGAUGAAUGGGGGAAGGUCCCUCGCUGCUGUCUGCUGGCAUCCAAAGAGGUGCUGGUGUUGGACUUCGGCAGUGAGGUGUACGUGUGGCAUGGCAAAGAGGUGAAGCUGGCCCAGAGGAAGGUGGCCUUCCAGCUGGCCAAACACCUCUGGAACGGCACCUUUGACUACACCUGCUGUGACAUCAACCCGCUGGACCCUGGAAGCUGCAACACCCUCAUUCCCAGGAAGGGCCAAGGUCGACCCGACUGGGCCAUAUUUGGUAGGCUGACAGAGCACAACGAGACCGUCUUGUUCAAAGAGAAGUUUGUGGACUGGACUGAAGUGAAGCCGCCGUCGCCAACGGAAGGCAGCGAGCUGGUACCAGAACAGCAGAAGGUUACAGGCCGGGAGUGCCGGCCGUACGAUGCCAGCCUAAUGCUGCCGCUCCUCCAGUCAUCCAUUGCCACCAUCUUGGAUGGCGUCAACGUUGGCCGCGGCCACGGCUCUGUGGAGACGGAGGACCACAUGAGGACUCAGGAAAUCAGCACCGUUUCCGUGGAUGUGUGGCACAUCCUGGAGUUCGACUACAGCCGCCUACCGCGCCAGAGCAUCGGACAGUUCCACGAGGGGGACGCCUAUGUCGUCAAGUGGAAGUACAUGGUCAGCACGUCAGUGGGACGUAGACACAACCCGGAGGUGAGGAGCACAGGACCCGGCAGGGAGCAGUGUUGUUAUUUCUUCUGGCAAGGCCGACACUCCACCGUUAGCGAAAAAGGAACGUCGGCAUUGAUGACGGUGGAGCUGGAUGAGGAGAGAGGGGCUCAGGUCCAAGUGCAGCAGGGAAAAGAGCCUCCGUGUUUCCUGCAGUGCUUCAAUGGCAGCAUGAUCGUUCACGCCGGCAAGCGGGAAGAGGAAGAGGAGAACAUCCAAAGCGAGUGGCGUCUGUACUGUGUGCGGGGCGAGGUGGCCGCGGAGGGCCACCUGCUGGAGGUGGCGUGUCACUGCAGCAGCCUGCGCUCGCGAGCCACCAUGAUCCUGCUCAGCGUCAACAAGGCCGUCAUCCACCUGUGGCACGGCUGUAAGACCCAGCCGCACACCCGCAGCGUGGGCAACACGGCGGCCCUGAGGAUCAAAGAACAGUGUCCUCUGGAAGCUGGCCUCCACAGCAGCAGCAAGGUGAGCAUCCAUGAGUGUGACGAGGGCAUGGAGCCUCCGGCCUUCUGGGAGGCUCUGGGCCACAAGGACAGGAAAGCCUACGACUGCAUGUUGCAAGAUCCAGGAAAAUUCAACUUCACUCCAAGGCUCUUCCAGCUGAGCAGCACAUCAGGAGAGUUUGUGGCCGCAGAGUUGUUCCACCCGUCCAGAGCUCCAGACAUUGUCAGCUCACUGCCCUUCCUGCAAGAAGAGCUCUACAGUGCAGCGCAACCCGCAUUGUUCCUGGUGGACAACUUCCAUGAGGUAUACCUGUGGCAGGGUUGGUGGCCUCAGGACAGUGAGAACACUGGCUCGGCUCGCAUCCGCUGGGAUGCAGACAGGAAGUGUGCCAUGGAGACAGUGCUGCAGUACUGCAAAGAGAAGAACGACAAGAAGCCUCAGAAGUCCUACCUGAUCCAUGCCGGACUGGAGCCUCUUACUUUCACCAACAUGUUCCCCAGCUGGGAGCACCGGGAGGAUGUCGCUGAGAUCACUGAGAGGGAGGCAGAGGUGUGCAACCAGAUCAUCCUGGUGGAGGAUGUGUUGGCUCGCCUCAGUCAAAACACCUUCCCUCUGGCUCACCUGCAGGCCCGGCCGCUCCCAGAGGGCGUGGACCCGCUCCACCUGGAGAUCUACUUGACAGACCAGGACUUUGAGACCAUGUGGUAGGUGGAGUGAGGAGGCUUUGGAGAUGAAGAGGGAGGAGUAUGAACGUCUACCAGGGUGGAAACAGGUGAACUUAAAGAAAGCCAAAGGACUGUUUUAAGCACGUUUGACUGAAGAACGAAACAAGAGCACAAAAAGACUUCGAAAGAUGGCAUUCCAGGAAAAGAACAUUUACAUGAAGACUGGAGAUGUACUUCCUGGUCCAUGUUAGGACAUCCCAACACUAAACAUGAUGUUCCGAGAUAGGGACUCGAGUCUACAACUUGGACUUGUUCAAUGUUAUUGCCAACAUUGUGUUAAACUGUUACUGUUCAAAGCAGUGAAAUACAGUUAUGAAUGCCAAAGGAAAGCUUGCAUUGAGUCUUUUCAUGUGUGCAUACAUGCUAAGCGAACAGUAUUUAGCCAAUGACAGUGUGAUCAGCAGGUGGAAAAGACUUGAGACUCGACUUGGACUUGUAGAAAAUGACUCAUGCACAACUCUGCUUGAGUCUCCUCUCAGCACUUAGCCGCCACACAACUGUAGGAUGCUUGGUGUCAGAGUACCAUCUAUGCUGUGCUUUGUGUAUGUGUUGUGAAACCGUAUAAACGCGGUGAGGCCGAUUGUUGGCAACGUAAUUUUAAGGCCUGAUGUUGUCCAAGAGGCUUGGGGAAUCUGUAUAGUGCCUUUUUGUGUUUUGUGUACAGUUUAUACAAAAAAAUUCUAGUGCAUAUUUUCAAAGACUUUCUUUGGGAUAAAAAACCCACAGAGAAUCCAAACUCCUCCUGUGUCUCCUGCUUCGUACAUUAAAGCACUUUUAAUCCUAUAACAGCUGCCU